AUGGAUCUAACAAUUGUAAUUGUUAUGUGCCUUAUUGCACUUAGUUCCAGUUCUGAAGCUGAAAGUAAACAUAAACCAGGUCGAGGUAGAGGAUCUAUGUGGUGGGGAAUUGCAAAAGUUGGUGAACCAAAUAAUAUAUCACCAUUAUCAUCGGGUAUAUUUGAUCCAGCAGUUCAUGCAACAUUACGUCGUAAACAAAGACGUUUAGUACGUGAUAAUCCAGGUGUAUUAGGUGCUCUUGUUAAAGGAGCUAAUUUAGCUAUAGCAGAAUGUCAACAUCAAUUUAGAAAUCGUAGAUGGAAUUGUUCUACUAGAAAUUUUUUAAGAGGAAAAAAUUUAUUUGGAAAAAUUGUUGAUCGAGGAUGCCGUGAGACAGCUUUUAUUUAUGCAAUAACAAGUGCAGCUGUAACACAUUCAAUUGCAAGAGCAUGUAGUGAAGGUACAAUUGAUACAUGUACAUGUGAUUAUAGUCAUCAAUCGAAAUCACCACAAACAAAUCAUCAAUUAAAUGCUGUUGCUGGUGUACGAGAUUGGGAAUGGGGUGGUUGUUCUGAUAAUAUUGGAUUUGGUUUUAAAUUUUCACGUGAAUUUGUUGAUACCGGUGAACGUGGACGAAAUUUAAGAGAAAAAAUGAAUUUACAUAAUAAUGAAGCUGGUAGAGCGCAUGUACAAGCUGAAAUGCGUCAAGAAUGUAAAUGUCAUGGAAUGUCUGGUUCAUGUACUGUAAAAACAUGUUGGAUGCGUUUAGCAAAUUUUCGUGUUAUUGGUGAUAAUUUAAAGGAUCGUUUUGAUGGUGCAUCACGUGUAUUAGUUAGUAAUAGUUUACGUAGUAAUAAUGCUGGAGGAAAUAAUGGUAACAGUAAUGGUAACGGUAAUAAUGGAAAUAAUAACGGUAAUAAUGCAAAUAAUAAUGCAAAUAGUAAUAGUAAUGCUAAUAACAAUAAUAUAAUUGAAAAUUCAAUAAAACAUAUGCAAAGUAAUUUACAAUCAAAUAAUAUUGCAUCAAGUCCGAAUAGUAUAUCAAGAAAUUCUGUUAGAUCAAGAAAUCGUCAUCAUAAAAAGAAUAAUAGAUAUCAUUUUCAACUUAAACCAUAUAAUCCAGAACAUAAACCACCAGGUGUUAAAGAUUUAGUGUAUUUAGAACCAUCACCUGGUUUUUGUGAAAAGAAUGCCCGUCUUGGUAUACAAGGUACACAUGGUCGACAAUGUAAUGAUACAUCAAUAGGUGUUGAUGGAUGUGAUUUAAUGUGUUGUGGUCGAGGUUAUAGAACACAAGAGGUAGCUGUUGUUGAACGUUGUGCAUGUACAUUCCAUUGGUGUUGUGAAGUUAAAUGUAAAUUAUGUAAAACAACAAAAACAAUACAUACAUGCCUUUAAUUCAUAUAUUUAGGUGUAUUUGUGUGU